AUGAAAUUGGAAAGUCUUGGUGUCAAAGGCCAUUGUACACUUGACACAGGAUGGAUUUUGGACGGCGCUGGUUUUUGUGGCCGUAGAUUGUAUCUGCGUUUUCGUGGUUCCAUGACAGAUAAUUGCAAGCACGUUCUAAAAGUGAAGACAAGCAUCCAGUUGGGAAUACUCUCCCCGGAACAUUGGCAUUGCAGUAGCUGUUAUACAACAGAAAGUGUUUGGGCCUGUCUGUCGUGUAGUAACUUCGCAUGUGGUCGUUAUAUAUCUGAACAUGCCCUUCAGCACUUUAAACAGACAAAUUGGGCUUUUGAAAAAAAAAGAGGCAGGCGGAUUCUCAGACACCGUGGUCACGAUGUCGAAAAAAACCAUCUACGUUUAAUGAAGGCUGACGACAUACAGACGGCAGUUGUUCGACACAGAAUAUCUCGUCUCUCUUGGGCAUUGCAUUUGUGGUGGUCAAGGUAUGCUGAAUCAAAGAUGAAUUUAGGUGCUCCGAGUUUGAAAGGAUUUAUUUCAUCCAGAUCUUCUGGAGGAUUGAACGGUGGUCAGUGCUUAAAAUCCCCCCACGAGCGUGGUCGACAACCACCUCCGACAUCACUAAUUGACCCACAGACCUCACCAACUCCAUCUCCUUCACUUUAUGAAGAAGUACGUAAUUUAUUUAAGUUAUUGUGGUCAGGUCAAAAAUCUAUCGUCAGUCCGACUAAUCUCCUGAAUACAGUUUGGUCAACUCUACCUAACUUUAAAGGAUAUAAACAACAAGAUGCGCAAGAGUUUCUAAGUCUGCUACUUGAUCGACUGCAGACAGAGGUACAGGGUAUUCCCAUGGCUGUACCAAACAACAGUUGUGAUUUUAUCAAUCGUGCUUUUCGUGGAUAUUCUGUUAGCCAUGUACGAUGCUCUACUUGUCAAGUAAUUGCAUGUACUGAAGAACCUAUAUAUGAACUCAGUCUUUCAUUACCUACUGAAUGUUAUUCUGAUGAAUCUUGUAAAUGUGAUGUGGUCGAUUUACUUCGACAAUUUGUUAGUCCGUCGGACAUCGAUGGUGCCAGCUAUGCAUGUGUAAAAUGCAAUCAGUGUUAUGCUGAAGUAAUAAAAAAAGGGAUAGAAUCCACAAGAUCAACAUUUAAUGAGUAUAUUUAUGAUCCAAGUGACCAACCUUAUCCUGUGGAUAAGAUGGUAUCCAUCGUAUUGUCCAGACUGGCUUCUCCUCCCCAUAGUCCUCGAUCUUCUCAUCCUGACUUCAGCACGUCAUGCGAUCUGACCGAAACUUCUUCUAUUUCAGAGAGUAUGUUGUCGAAUGCAUCCAGUUUAACUUGUAUUGAAGAACAAUGCAUUAAUCCAUCAGUUGAAAGAUCAAGUCAUUUUCUUACUCCGCAGUCAUCCACUGUCAACUCACCGAGAAAACUCGCACUUCCUACCACAAAGAACUCAUUUUUAACUCACGCAACGCAAACAAUUCGCCUUUCUAAACUCCCACGUGUUUUACGGUUACACAUUAAACGCUUUCGAUGGGUUGGAAGACAAAGGGAAAAAUUAACAUGUCACGUAUCAUUUCCACUUAUUUUAAAUAUGACUGAAUUUAUGCUAAGUGAUGAUAACAGAAAGGAAUGUGGCCAGUCUCACUUACACGACAAAUUACACCGAACAAUUUCCCAACGCAUACAAGAACAAAUGGGCUCCACUGAAAGUACACAAGCUCAUAGUUUAUCUUCUUCCAAUUUUGCUAAAGAGGAGUACCUAAAAUCCUCACCUCAGUAUUUGUAUCACUUAACUGGUGUUGUUGUACAUCAUGGGCGAGGAUUUCAAUCCGGUCACUAUACUGCCUAUUGUUUGAAUGAUGAACCUGAGUGUUGGUUACAUUGCAAUGAUGCCAAUGUGUCGUUAUGUGACUUCUCAGAAGUAGCUGCAGCACAAGCCUACCUUCUUUUCUAUUCAGAACUUAUGCCUCGGACUCCUCUACCUAAUUGGUGUAAAAGACACACAGUUUCCGAAAGUUUAUCAAACACUAUUCCCUGUUCUACUUCACAACCAGAUAUACCAAACAUUCAUUCUGUAUAUUCAUCAUCUUCUGAAAAUUAUGAAAAAGCAUCAAAGAUGUGUUCACCAGGUUGUUGA